UCCCAUGUAGAGCGCUACCUCCAGUGCAAUGUAAGGCCAUUGGUGGAGGAGACAGCUGGAGUCCAUGUAGCCCAGCUUCAGAGGCCGGAGUGGUCAGUCACCUGCUGGAGGAUCAGCCGGUCUAUGCUGAGGAUAAUGAGAGAUUCCAAACCUUUAAUAGAUAUGGAAAUGGCAGAUUACACCGAGGCUCUGGACCCCGCUUAUACCACCCUGGAGUUCGAGAACAUGCAAGUGCUGAGCAUAGGGAAUGAUACUUCACCAUCAGAAGUGACCUGUAUCAGCGCUGCAAACGGUAUUGGUCUUAACUCUUUGUGUGCCAUCUGCGGUGACAGAGCGACGGGGAAACAUUACGGGGCGUCUAGCUGUGAUGGCUGCAAGGGGUUUUUCAGGAGGAGCGUCAGGAAGAAUCACAUGUAUUCCUGCAGGUUCAGUAGACAGUGCGUGGUCGAUAAAGACAAAAGGAAUCAGUGUCGUUACUGCAGAUUAAAGAAAUGUUUUCGGGCUGGUAUGAAGAAAGAAGCUGUACAAAAUGAACGAGAUCGGAUAAGCACGCGGAGGUCAAGUUACGAAGACAGUAGCCUGCCAUCAAUUAAUGUAUUAAUCCAAGCAGAAGUCCUAUCACAACAGAUAACCUCAUCAGUCACCAUGCUGAACACAGACAUUCGAGGAAAGAAGAUAGCCUGCAUAACAGACGUCUGCGAAUCCAUGAAGCAGCAGCUUCUGGUCCUUGUAGAAUGGGCCAAGUACAUCCCGGCCUUCUGUGAACUUCCCCUAGACGAUCAGGUGGCGCUGUUACGUGCACAUGCUGGAGAGCACUUACUACUGGGAGUUGCCAAGAGGUCAAUGAUCUACAAAGAUAUUUUACUCCUAGGAAAUGACAGACUGAUACCAAGGAACUGUCCAGAACUUGAAGUGGGGCGAGUGGCUGUGAGAAUCCUGGAUGAGUUGGUGUUUCCAUUCCAGGAGCUGCAGAUUGAUGAUAAUGAAUACGCCUGUCUAAAAGCAAUCAUCUUUUUUGAUCCUGAUGCCAAAGGAUUGAGUGAUCCUACGAAAAUCAAGAGGAUGAGGUAUCAGGUUCAAGUGAGUUUGGAGGAUUACAUCAAUGACCGACAGUAUGACUCUCGAGGAAGGUUUGGAGAGCUGCUCCUCCUCCUGCCCACUCUGCAGAGCAUCACCUGGCAGAUGAUCGAGCAAAUCCAGUUCGUCAAACUGUUUGGAAUGGCGAAGAUUGACAACUUGCUGCAGGAGAUGCUGCUGGGAGGAUCAGCAAAUGACGCCCCCCACUCUCAUCAUUCACUUCACCCCCACCUGGUCCAGGAACAUUUGGCAACCAAUGUCAUAGUGGCCAACAACACGAUACCAGCUCAUCUACACAAUGGACAGAUGUCUACACCAGAGACACCGCAGCCAUCCCCACCUGCAGGCUCAGGAGCAGAUCAAUAUAAGAUAGUUCAUGGUGCCAUCUCUGCCCUAUCCAAACAGCCCACCUCUAUUCCACAGCCAACCAUCACCAAACAAGAGAGCAUGUGACUCACUGCCGGGGCAUACUAGCACUAAAGGACUUACUGACUGCAAGGGAUGCCCAAAUUAUGGAAAAAGGGCCUGCUUGCUUCCAAGCCCGAACCCUUCCCCCAAAGAUAAAAGCCAUUCUGCCUUAUAUAGGUGAUAUUUCUGGAUAUUUUGAUGUUUUAGAACUUUUUUGCAUUCACUUUUAGCCUCUAAAACUUUUAUAUGUGCCAUUUAAGAGACUUAUGUACAUAGAAUCGUAUUCUGCCGUCACUGGUUGCCAGUAGGCUGAAGACUGGAUGAACCCCAAAAUGCCGACUGGAUCUUCUAGCACUGUGAAUUUUUGGAAGCAUUAAUCUGAUUUUCGGAGUGUUGACGCUUCAUGACGCUGCGGACGGAACCGUGUCUCAGUCUGGAUAUUUCAAGAUUUGGGCCAAACUGUUGAAUGGAGCUGUACACCAAAUGCAGGACAACGCCAUAUCUCUCAGCUAUACUUGUUUAAGAAGGAUUCAUCCGCUAUGUGGACUGCCUAAGGGGUGGAGACCAAGUAUGGCUUCUCUGAAAACCGCAAGGGGAUUGGCAGAGCUGAACAACUGUCUUAUGUUUAGAAGCUACGUUCAGAAAGAACUGUCCAAAGAAGUGAAGUGCAACAUAUAAGGUGGUCCUCCAAGUUGGGGCAGUCACAAGAGGCCCUAACAAUUUUGGGGGUCAGUAAAUGGGUGAUGUGUUCCCCCCUUUCUGCGGGUGGCUAUAGACUGAUUCCUAGUGUGCCUAGUUCUUCUUCUAUAUCUAAAAAAGCCUUAACUACUGUGAAAUUGUCUUCCCUGUCUAGUUAUUUGUUUUAAAAAUAAUGUACUAUAAAAUGUUUUUUUUUUUU